UUUGAAUUAUCGAGUUCAGGGAGUUUAUGCCUGAUAUGUGGAGGAAAAAAAACGGUCAAUUUGACUGUUUCCUAGAAGCUAUCAGGAAAAUUGUACUAAAUGGUUAAUUUGCGUAGAGUUUUGUAGCUUUACCAAACCGACAUAGCGGCUAGCCUAGCUAGCAGUAUUUCAUGGCAUCUUUCCAACUCACCUUAUUUGUUGUGAUAUCUACAGCAGGUCCAGCUAACAAGCUAGCUCGGGGUUAGCAUAACUAGCUAACUGACGUUCAGUAGGAAACAUAGCUACACGGAGAUAGCUAGGUGAACGUGCCGGGUGCUUGCUAACUUCUCUAAUUUCGUGCGUCCUUGCGAUUUAAUCGAAAUAGUUUCUCUCACGACCUUUUUUUCUAGCCAACAAACAAUGCAUUUCUACAACAAGUCUAAUGUUUAUUCCAUGAAUUUGACAAGAAGAUAGCUAGCUAACUUUGCUGGCUAACACCGCCUGGCUAGCUUCAGCUUGCUCGUUUUUGGUAACGUUACUCUUUGUUUUGACAAAGGACUUGACAUUUUUUUUUCUUCCAUAUUUGGAAUAUACCUGGGACAUUUAGUAUUUCCGGGGCCAUGUCUCCCCAGAAGCACGGUUCUUCUGACGGCGGCAACAACGUAUCGGGUCCCGCUGUGGGAUACGUUGGUACCGGUGGCGGCAGAGCGAACGGCCGUGUCUACCACCACCAGACAACUGCACUUGUGACGCCCGCAGCCAAGAAGCCGAAAAUGGAACUGGUUCAAGCCGAUCAUGAGUUGUUCUUGCAGGCAUUUGAAAAACCGACCCAGAUCUACAGGUUUCUCAGAACAAGGAACUUGAUAGCGCCCAUAUUUCUGCACAGAACCCUCACCUACAUGUCCCACAGAAACUCCAGAACAAACGCCAAACGGAAGUCCUCCAGGGUGGAUCACCUGCUGUACAGAGUGGAGAAGAAGAGGGCUGAGCAGAAGGCACACAGCCUGGCUUCACACCUGCAACUCACCUUCACUGGGUUCUUUCAUAAAGUCGAGAAGUCAUCCGUAGACUCAGAGAAUGAGCAGAACUCUGUUUCUCUAGAGGUGCUGCUGGUUAAAGUCUGUCACAAGAAGAGGAAGGAUGUGAGCUGUCCAGUGAAGCAGGUUCCUACAGGGAAGAAACAGGUGCCUCUGAACCCAGACAGCAGCACUCCCAGCAGUCAGCCCAAGCCGGGCUCCUGUCCUUCUCUGGUGGUGUCCAGUAGUGAGUUUGAUGCCAGCAACGGCCACACGGUUAAGUCCUACUCCCUGUUGUUCAGAGUGUCUGGACCAGGCAGGACGCAGCACAACGGACUGGUCAAUGGACAGACCAAUGAGAAUAUAGAGGAUGUGUGUAACAGGAAGAAGAGAGGCUCCACCGUCAGACAAGAAGAAGUUGGAGAAACGACGUUCGUAGCUCAGAUGACUGUGUUUGAUAAGAACAGGCGUCUGCAGUUGUUAGAUGGAGAGUAUGAGGUGUCUAUGCAGCAGAUGGUGGACUGUCCUGUCAACAAGAAGAGAGCCACCUGGGAAACGAACCUGGAUGGAAAGCUCCUCCCUCCGUUUGAGACGUUCUCCAAGGGUCCUACUCUCCAGUUCACACUGCGUUGGACAGGCGAGCCCAGUGAUAGGUCGACGGCCCCUGUGGCCAAACCCCUCGCCACACGGAACGCUGACGCUAGCAGCCUGACCUCCGACCCUAAGCCCUGCUCCCUCAGACCCACUCAGACCGUAGCUGUGAAAGACUCCUUCAGCAGUUCAGAGUUUCAGAUGAGACAAGAACACACACUUGAGGAACCAAGUGACAAUCUACGCAUAUUCUACCAGUUCCUGUAUAACCACAACACACAGCAGCAAACCGAGGCUAGAGAUGACCUCCACUGUCCCUGGUGCACUCUGAACUGUAGGAGACUCUACAGUCUCCUCAAACACCUCAAACUGGCCCACAGCAGAUUCAUCUUCAACUACGUGCCCCACCCUAAAGGAGCGAGGAUAGACGUGUCUAUUAAUGAGCGUUACGACGGGGUGCAUGCUGGGAAUCCUCGGGAUAUUCACAGUCAGCCCGGCUUCGCCUUCAGCAGGAACGGACCCGUCAAGAGAUCCCCCGUCACACACAUCCUCGUCUGCAGACCGAAGCGUCUCCUCCCCCCCAGUCUGUGUGAGUUCCUGGAGGCUGAUGGAGGAGAGGGAGACCAGCAGAGAAUCAUCCCAGGUCACAACCGCCUCUACUUCCGCUCAGACAGCUGUACCCCCAAAACACCCCAGGAGGUAGAUCACGACAGUGAGGAUGAGACUGACCCCUUCUGGCUCCGAGAGAGGACCAUCAUGCAAAUCCAGGAGUUUACAGACGUGAACGAUGGAGAGAAGGAGGUGAUGAAGCUGUGGAACCUUCACGUCAUGAAGUCUGGCUACAUAGCAGAUAACCAGAUGAACGGAGCCUGUCUAGCGUUUGUGGAAGGUUGCGGUGCGUAUAUUGCCAGGAAGAACCUCUGUAGGAACUUCCUGUUACACCUGGUCAGCAUGCAUGACUUUAAACUGGUUACCACGGCAACCAUCAACCAGGCCAUGACACGCCUCCGACACAUCCAGCAGACCCAGCGGCAGGAAGGAGGAGAGUGUUGGGUGACAGCGCUGGAGUCUCCGUCUGAGCUGCAACCCGACUAUGCCACAUGUAAUGACGACCACACGGAUGGUAAGAGUAACCAUGGUAAUGGCCGCACGAACGGAAACGGCGAUGGCGACGAAGCUGGUAGUUCUGUUGCUGUGGAAACGUCCAGGCCGAGCAAGAGGCAUAAGUUGUGAGGUACCCUCCGGCCCUCUCCUGGAGGAGUGAUGAGUAUCUAAAAUGAUGCCCGGUGAUUGGCUGAGUGGAGGGUGAAAGAGGGUGUGUUGGUGUUGGUGGUGAUUGGAGGGAAUAAUAAGAGAGACUCAUGAUGACAUCAUACCAAACAAGCACUGGGUGUUGGGUUUACCGUAUAGAGGUGGUGGGCCAGAAUCAUUUAAGUCCAUUUGGACACACACACACACACACACACACACACACACACACACACACACACACACUCCCACUGGUUAUAGCAGGGAAACCUUGGUCUAGUUUUUCCCCAUGUCUGGUUAUUCAGUCUUGCUUUGAUGUCAUUAGACUGACGUUACAGUGACCAUGAGGUCUGUCAACGCAUCACUUUAGCAAUAACUUAGUCCCAACUGGCACCAUAUUCCUUUAUACUAGUGUGCACUACUUUUUACCAGGCCCUGCUAUAGACUAGGGGGUGUACUUGUACAUCAAGCUGUCUGCUAUAGACUAGGGGGUGUACUUGUACAUCAAGCUGUCUGCCAUAGACUAGCAUUCUGUCCAGGAGGUGUACUUGUACAUCAAGCUGUCUGCUGUAGACUAGGGGAUGUACUUGUACAUCAAGCUGUCUGCUAUAGAUUAGCAUUCUGUCCAGGAGGUGUACUUGUACAUCAAGCUGUCUGCCAUAGACUAGCAUUCUGUCCAGGAGGUGUACUUGUACAUCAAGCUGUCUGCUAUAGACUAGCAUUCUGUCCAGGGGGUGUACUUGUACAUCAGGCUGUCUGCUAUAGAUUAGCAUUCUGUCCAGGGGGUGUACUUGUACAUCAAGCUGUCUGCUAUAGACUAGCAUUCUGUCCAGGGGAUGUACUUGUACAUCAAGCUGUCUGCUAUAGAUUAGCAUUCUGUCCAGGGGAUGUACUUGUACAUCAAGCUGUCUGCUAUAGACUAGCAUUCUGUCCAGGGGGUGUACUUGUACAUCAGGCUGUCUGCUAUAGAUUAGCAUUCUGUCCAGGGGGUGUACUUGUACAUCAAGCUGUCUGCUAUAGACUAGCAUUCUGUCCAGGGGAUGUACUUGUACAUCAAGCUGUCUGCUAUAGAUUAGCAUUCUGUCCAGGGGAUGUACUUGUACAUCAAGCUGUCUGCUAUAAACUAGCAUUCUGUCCAGGGGAUGUACUUGUACAUCAAGCUGUCUGCUAUAGACUAGCAUUCUGUCCAGGAGGUGUACUUGUACAUCAAGCUGUCUGCUAUAAACUAGCAUUCUGUCCAGGGGAUGUACUUGUACAUCAAGCUGUCUGCUAUAGAUUAGCAUUCUGUCCAGGAGGUGUACUUGUACAUCAAGCUGUCUGCUAUAGACUAGCAUUCUGUCCAGGAGGUGUACUUGUACAUCAAGCUGCCUGCUAUAGAUUAGCAUUCUGUCCAGGAGGUGUACUUGUACAUCAAGCUGCCUGCUAUAAAUUAGCAUUCUGUCCAGGGGAUGUACUUGUACAUCAAGCUGUCUGCUAUAGACUAGCAUUCUGUCCAGGAGGUGUACUUGUACAUCAAUCUGCCUGCUAUAGACUAGCAUUCUGUCCAGGAGUGGUACUUGUACAUCAAGCUGCCUCACUACAGAAGCAGGAGGUGGGCUCCUGCCCUCUGGGCCGUUCUGGCUGUUACAAAGCUUUAACACUCUAGGCCGAGGCCCAUAGGGUCCUAUAUAGAUCAGUGGUUCCCAAACUGUUUCACUCAGGUCCCUCUUCCAGCAUUGGGGAACAUCCAUGUCUAUGGGCACAAGCACUGUUCAUGACACAAACGGUUCACACCCCUAAAAUGUUGCAGUUUUUAAAGCUUAUUUCCUUGGGCGUCUGUUUGAGACAGACUUGGGCGUCUGUGCACUAGAUAGGAAAUAAGGUGCCAUUUGGGAUAUUUGCUUUGGGACAAACUCGUUUAAAAAAUAUAUAUAUAUAUAUUAAUUAUAGAGACGAACCGAAAAGACUUGGGUCGUCUUCACUUGGGAUGGACUACGUGAACAAUAUAAAUGUUUGUUUUCGUUUUUCUUUUGCUAAACGUUUUUGCUACAGUGUGCACUAAUGAAUUACAACCCUGAUGACGGACAGACUCUGCUGUAUUGUAUUGUUAUUAAGGGGAAUGGUUGGUUGUAAUGAUGAUGCAUUCUGAAUGUCAACAUUUGAUUGUUAUGUUUAUUACUAUGGGGGCCAUUUUGAGGCUAAACUUGAGGGACGGUACACUGGUCUGAAGUCCAGCUCUUGGAAACAGUGUUGUUGGACUAGAAUGUGUCUGGCUCAGGGUAGAAACAUCCCUUUGCCCCCAUCCUAAACUAAAUGUGUAUUGCUGUCAGACCUCUGUUACUAUUUGGAGUCUUUAACGUUUGCUCUAGCCUGCCUGGAGUGCUAGAUGGGAGGGGAGUUGCAGUUUUGGGACUAGUCUUUAGGUCCAUUCAAGCCAGGCAAGCUCAAUCAAACACAGAUCGAGUAUUUGAACUCAGGUCUGAUUAGCACUCAAGUCAGUCAGGAGCCAAUGGUGCUACUAGACAGAUGAUUCAGGCCCUCAGUGAGCACAGAUCGCAGUCAUCUGUAACCUUUUUGAGGUCGUCAGGUCAUUAGGUCAAGGUUCAGUUACACUGUAUGACCACAUUCAUCAUCAAGCUGAAACCGUGCAGCACCCGCAUCCACUCACUGCUUUUGGGCAGUGUCCCGAAUGGCUCCCUAUAUAGUAUACUACUUUUGACCAGGGUCCACAGGGUAGUGCACUACUUAUAGGGAAUGAGGUGCCAUUUGGGAUGCACUCUUACUAUGUUGGAGUAAUUUGGCCCGGUCAGUGUUGACCUCUUCAGAAAGGUGACAUGUUGACCUGCUGGACAUCAACUGUAGUAAGUAUUACAAUGGAGAGUUAAAUGUUGUUGAGUUUCCUGACCAAAGGGAGUUGGAAUAUAUAUAUAUAUAUAUGGCCCUGGUCAAAAAUAGCAUGGACCACAGGAGGUUGGUGGCAGCUUUAAUUGGGGAGGACGGGCCCUGGUCAAAAGUAGCAUGGACCACAGGAGGUCGUGGCAGCUUUAAUUGGGGAGGACGGGCCCUGGUCAAAAGUAGCAGGGACCACAGGAGGUUGGUGGCAGCGUUAAUUGGGGAGGACGGGCCCUGGUCAAAAGUAGCAUGGACCACAGGAGGUUGGUGGCAGCGUUAAUUGGGGAGGACGGGCCCUGGUCAAAAGUAGCAUGGACCACAGGAGGUUGGUGGCAGCGUUAAUUGGGGAGGACGGGCCCUGGUCAAAAGUAGUAGGGACCACAGGAGGUUGGUGGCAGCGUUAAUUGGGGAGGACGGGCCCUGGUCAAAAGUAGCAUGGACCACAGGAGGUUGGUGGCAGCGUUAAUUGGGGAGGACGGGCUCGUGGUAAUGGCUGGAGCGGAAUGGUAUCUAAACAUGUGAUUUCCAUGUGUUUGAUGCCAUUAUGAGCCGUCCUCCCCUCAGCAGCCUCCACUGGUAUGGGCCCUGGUCAACAGGAGUGCACUAUAUAGGAAACAAGGUGUCAUUUGCUUCUCCAGUGAUGGGGUGGAUCUUUUCAGGUGUGAACUUGAAUUUGCAAUCAAUCAGGACCCAAACAAAGGAAGCUGUUCCUACGUUCUGUAGCUGUGUGCAGUAUGUUGACUAGGGUCAUGUUCAUUUGGCACAAAACGUUAGAAAGCACUCAAAAACGAGGGAGUUGGAGGUACUCUCUGUACUAAUCCAAUAAAACACUUAUCUGUUGCAAAACGUUUUGCUACAGUGCGCCUCAAUGAACAUGACCCAGGUUUGUGUGUAUAUAUAUGUCACUUCAGGAAAAAGGAGCAACAUUUUGCUCUAGCGAACCCAGAUAAGACUUUUGUACACCAACAUCCUAAAACCAGCUGGACGUUGGAAUUGAGUAAUAAAGGAGUCAUAGAAAAUGUUUUCUAUUUAAAAGAAUAAAGAUGUUUUGUACUAUUA